AUGCGGCUUCAUUCAAAUUACAAAACAACGAUUACAACGAUUUCAUCUGUGCGAUUCAUAUCUCAUGGCGAUGUGUAUGUGUGGAGGGUGGGAGGUACAUUGGAAUAUACGCCUGCGUUCAGUUUAUUUUAUCUAUCUAUCUAUCUAUCUAUCUAUCUAUCUAUCUAUCUAUAUGAGACUGUUUCUCUCUCUUUCUCUUUCUCUAUCUAUCUAUCUAUCUAUCUAUCUAUCUAUCUAUCUAUCUAUCUAUCUGAGACUGUUUUUUUCUCUCUUUGUCUCUCUUUCUAUCUAUCUAUCUACCUAUCUGUCUUUUAUUCUAUCUAUCUAUCUAUCUAUCUAUCUAUCUAUCUGUCGGUCUCGGUCUGUUCUAUAUCUAUCUAUCUAUCUAUCUAUCUAUCUAUCUAUCUCACGGGAGGGACAUAUUGGAAUAUACGCCAGUCUGUUUCUCUCUAUCUAUCUCGCGGGAGCGGUACAUUGGAAUAUUCGUCUGUCUUCGUUUUAUUUUAUCUAUCUAUCUAUCUAUCUAUCUAUCUAUCUAUCUAUCUAUCUAAGUCUCUUCCUUUUAAUCUAUAUAUCUGCGUCGGUCUGUUCCUCUCUAUCUAUCUCACGGGAGGAGCACAUUGGAAUAUACAUCUGUCUUCGUUUUAUUUUAUCUAUCUAUCUAUCUAUCUAUCUAUCUAUCUAUCUAUCUAUAAUAAUUUGUUAAUGAUCUAUCUAUCUAUCUAUCUAUCUAUCUAUCUAUCUAUCUAUCUAUCUAUCUUGGUCUCUUCCUAUCUAUCUAUAACCAAAAACAAUAUGAAGUUUUAUCUUCAUACUAGUCAGGAAAAUCACAAUAAUGAUUUUCAAAUCAGUAUCAAAGAUGCAGGUUCAAUUUGUAAAAUAUGA